GUAGUAGAGUGUUGAGGUUUAUUGUUUGGAAAGCAAUAUGGCUAUCUGGUGAUUAGUAACAGUGCGAUACGUAGACAAAAGAACAACGCAGUUCUCAUGAUAUUUGGAGACUCGUUGUGCGUUCGUUUCUAGUUGGUUUAAGUAAGAAAAAACAAGAGAAUCGUGGUAAAAUGUUGGAACUCGAAGUGGUUCCCGAGAGAUCCCUCGGUUGCGAACAGUGGGAAUUUAUUUUAGGGAUGCAUUUUUCUCAAUCUGUGUCAAUAAUACAAUCCCAAGUGGGCAUUAUAAGGGGAGUGCAAGUACUUUAUAGUGAUAGUAAUCCUUUAGAUGUAGAUUUAGUAAUAAACUUACCUCAUGAUGGUGUUCGGCUUAUAUUUGAUCCUGUGGUGCAAAGGCUCAAAAUAAUUGAAAUUUAUAAUAUGAAAUUAGUUAAACUUAAAUACUGUGGUUUACCAUUCAAUUCACCAGAGGUUUUGCCAUCUAUUGAACAGAUUGAGCAUUCGUUUGGAGCAACCCACCCUGGUGUUUAUGAUAGUGACAAACAAGUAUUUGUAUUAAACUUUAGAGGACUAUCAUUCUACUUUCCCAUUGACUCAAAGUUCCAACCUGGAUAUGCACAUGGAUUAGGAUCAUUGCAAUUUCCAAAUGGAACAUCGCCGCUUGUGGCGAAAACAGCCAUUUAUGUGGGUAAUAUGGGGGCUGGAAUGGGAAGCGACGAACAUAAUUUAAAGACACCACCACCACCUCCGCUACCUCUCGUCUGUUAUCAUAACAAUCUGUAUUUAGAAAAGGCAGAUGUUAUGAGAGACAAAACGCGUACCCGGGGUCUCAGAUUGCAUCUCUUUACAGAAGGUAGCUCUGUAACAAGGGUAUUACUAGAGCCAAAGAAACGCUGCUUAACAAAAGAGGUGUUAUUUGGCGACACUUGUGAAGACGUGCUGAGCGCUUUGGGAGCACCGUCGCGAGUAUUUUUUAAAGCCGAGGACAAGAUGCGUAUUCAUAGUCCUCACGCGCACAAACGCGAUAAAAUAAGGCGGUCAGAUUUCUUUUACAACUAUUUUACCUUAGGACUGGAUGUUUUAUUCGAUGCCAAAACCCAGUGUGUUAAAAAAUUUGUAUUACAUACAAAUUACCCAGGGCAUUAUAAUUUUAAUAUGUACCAUCGUUGCGAGUUCUCUUUAACUUUGCCACCGGAAAAUAAUUCCACCGAAUCGGGAAAGUUGAUUGACGUUUCCCCUUCUCCAGUUACGAUCACUGCCUAUACUAAAUGGGAUAGAAUAAGUGAGCAAUUGAAGGCAAGCGCGCGACCAGUUGUGUUAAAUCGUGCUUCUUCGACAAACACAACAAAUCCGUUUGGAUGUACCUUUUGUUAUGGUAUACGCGACGCGAUUGUCGAAGUCAUGGCGAAUCAGCAUAUUGCGAGUGUAACUCUGUAUAGAGCGGUGUGACAUCGAUAAUUUACACGAUAUGGUGCAUUAUAAAACGCUCUUUGAAGGGCAAACAAGGGAAUAACGUUGGGAAGAUGAACACACACACACUCGAAAAAAAGAAAAAAGAAAAAAAAUAGACAAGUUUUAACGUCACAGCAAUUGCAUAAUAACAUCUACUUAAAAAAAGACUGUAUAAUCAAAUAGGAGUAUCAAGUGUGAUGCGUGUUAAACACCGAGACAGUUUUUUUUUCUAACACUAAUGUAUACACUGAGAAACAAAGAUGUUAGGUAAAUUUAUUUACCGAGGAUGCAAUUCAGCGUGAAAAGCUCAGAAUCCAAAACGAUAUCAUUUUGAAUAUCAAAUACUGUUGCUUGUAACAUUUUACAUAUUUUCCUUGAAUUAUCGAUCAAGGAAGUAAAAAAGUAAAAAAGCAAAAAACAUGAAAAAAAAACUGCAAAAAGACGAUCAACUAAGGGGUACAAGUGUCUGCAAUAUUCAAUAAUAUCAUAUUUAAUAUACCGUUUUUAUCUUUGGUUAUAAGUUUUACGUAUAGUUAAAGAAAACACAAAAAAAAAAAA